AUGCAUUUCACCGCCAUCACCACCAUCAUCGCUGCCAUCGCCUCCACUGCGGCUGCAACUCCUGCUGGAAAGCCAGCUCCUGUUGCCAAAGCAGCCCCAGACAACAACCUCGCAGUCGUCGUCAUCGGUGCAAUCAAAGGGUCUGGAUACGAGCAAACCACAACCCCUGUCCGCAUCCCUUUUGGGAAGCUCACGCACUUUGACAAGCUUCCUAUCACCUCGCUCGAAGUCAGGGGAAUUAUGGUCGCGGGCGACGGCCUUCCGGUUCCCAAGGACGACAAGGUCAGGUGUCGUCGAUAUAAGGAUCAGUACGGUCUUCAGCUGGGUAGCUUGGAGUUCAAGAAGGGAAAGCAGGCUGACAUCUCCACAAACGUUGUUGAUUUUGGCUGGGUUUUGUGCCGUGUCGAGCAGUAG